GCACCAAAUGUAAAAAUAUAUGAGGAAAUUUCAAAUUUCUUUUGAGUUUGACAAGCAGUAAAAGUCAGCUAAUCUCUUAAACAUAAUCUAAAUUGGAGAAGAAAGUUCAAUAAACUUCAAAAUGCAGCUCACCUACCACCUAACCAAUCCGAUCUUCGUAUGCUUCCUACAACGCUAACAAAAAAGCGCGCCAAGCUUGUAGCUAAGUACUCUCGUCCCGAGGAGCGGUACACUGAUAGUGACUCUAAUACAAACUCCUAUAUCUCGCUGUCUGGUUCAUUCAAUCAACGCAUGUUCACGCCACAAUCAUUUCCCUGAAAACAACACAUUUCUUUCAAUUCAGUUUAAUUACAGCUACCAUCGCAGUUAGUCGCACUCGUCGUCGUCGUCGUCAACGUCGCCGCUGUUCAUGCUUUCUUUCGAUAGUUCGACGAUACAGAAUCGUUCUUACCGCGAACAACGAGAAACACACUGCACUCGUCGUCAGCCAGUGUUUACGACUGGCUGUCGGGCUUCGGACAGUAGUGGGUUAUUUUGCGACCUCAUUCGACGAUCUACCAUGCCGUUGUUGAGCAUCGUUGGCGGCCGCCGGUGUGGACCGUGAUGUGUGAGAAAAGUUUUCUCCGCGAGUGCUGGUUGACCAGAUUGAAUUCAAUUAGUGUUCAAUAAUUGAAGUGACUGGUGCUGAAUGCUGUUGCACUGCUGGCGGAAGUCCAUCUGUGAAGGGACUACUGGAAAAGAGUAAAAAACCUUUUUGAUUGACAAAUUGUUUGGUGGCAGAGUUGUUUUAGGUAGGGCGCAUGCGUCCGGUGUCGAUCCGAUCCUGAAAUAGAUUCAUUCAUUUCGCACAUCCGUGCUUCAUAGUAAGACAGGCCGCGCCGCCAGUCUGAGGCGUGAAUUUCGUGUUUUGUGCUGUCGUGAAAGUAGUGCAUGCUGAAUCUGGUCGUAGGUGGUUGCAAAAAUGCCGAAAUCGGAAGAUGACAUUGAUCUUGACGGAGUGCUGAACGAGAUAGGGCAAUUCGGACGUUUUCAAAUACGACAGUAUGGAUUGAUGGUGAUUCCGAUUAUUCUGAAUGCGUUCUUCACACUCAGCUACGUUUUUACGGCGGGGAAUUUGAAUUACAGAUGUGAGGUACCAGGAUGUGAUAAUGGACCAAACGCGGUUUACCACCCGGGAUGGUUGAACAAUACAGUUCCAUUCAAGCAUGGAAUCCCAGCACAAUGCGAACGGUUUCGGCCGAUAAGCAACGCGAGCUUAGAUAACCUCUUGUGCGACGCUGAUGAAUUCGAUCAGACGAGCAUCAUCGGCUGCGACAGCUUUAUCUACGAAGAUGACGAAGUCACAAUCGUAAAUGAUUUUAACAUCACUUGUCCUAAUAACGAUUGGAAGCUAACGCUUGUGGGGACUAUAAACAAUGUAGGGCAGUUUGUGGCGCUUCCGAUCGCGGGAUACAUAUCUGAUCGUUUUGGAAGACGUUUAGUACUUCUUCUUAGUGUGGCCGGCAGUGCCAUUUUCGGCGUGAUCCGAUCGUUUGCAGCGAGUUAUGAAAUGUUCAUCGCCUUAGAAUUCCUGGACCCCCUGAUCGGCUCUACAAUGUACACAACCGCUUUCGUAUUGGCCUUGGAACUGGUUGGACCCAAAAUGCGAGUUACCGGCAACAACAUCAUAUCAUGUGCAUUCUCGUUUGCUGAAGCUGGUCUUGGACUGCUAGCAAUGCUGCUCAAAAACUGGAGACAUUUGCUAAGAGCUUUGUACAUACCCGGCAUAGUAUCAUUGCCAUUCCUGUGGAUGACUACAGAAAGCGUUCGAUGGUUGCUGUCCAAGGGUCAACGGGAAAAAGCAUUCGACGUUCUGAAAAAAGCAGCAAAAAUGAACGGCAAAACCCUGUCACCAGCUGCGAUUGACAGCUUCUGCCCGGUAAGCGAUAACGAAUCAAGAUCCGAGAUGCUAGAAAACAACAAUUUCUUCAACUUGCUGACGAAUGCGUUCAAGAAUCGCCGAUUGAUACUCCGAGUAGCGAACUGCUCGUUCUGUUGGCUGACGAACGUGCUCGUUUAUUUCGGGCUUAGUUUGAACUCCGUCACGUUGGCGGGUGACAAAUAUCUCAACUUUAUCUUGGUAUCCUUGGUUGAGCUGCCCGGCUUUCUGAUCAUGCAGUUGAUCCUUGAUCGAGUAGGUCGUAGAAUUACGCUUUGUACCACUAUGAUACUUUGUGGACUGUUUUGUUUCCUUUCGGAGUUCAUACCAACAGGAAAUCACUGGCUCAGUCUGAUCCUAUUUUUGGUCAGCAAAAUGGCUAUCACCAUGUCUUUCGGCACCCUCUACAUUUACACGGUGGAAAUCUUCCCUACCAACCUCCGGCAGAGUCUCCUUUCCGUAUGCUCAAUGUUCGGUCGAAUCGGUUCUAUGGUUGCACCGCAAACACCCCUCCUAGCUAAAAUCUGGGCCCCGCUACCGAUGGUCAUAUUCGGAAGCAUUGGUAUUGCAUCCGGCCUGGCGAUUCUAGAGUUCCCUGAAACGCUCAAUACUCAACUGCCAAACACGGUCGAGGAAGCAAUGAACAUGAAAACCGAAGACGAAGGCAACAAAGGCAGGGAGCGACUUGCUUAACAGAAACAUUACUACACAACCGAUGACCUGUUUUAGUAAGUACAAAAUGUCAAGCAAUUGGUAAAAAUACAAUAUUUUUUGAAAAAAAAAAAGAAAUGGUUAACUUACGGUGUAUCACAAUCCAUUUGUUUAUUUUGAUAAGGAUGCGACAU